CGUAAAUUCGCGGCGAGGGCGACGGCUUCGAGCGACCUCCUGUGGGAGGUUGGUGGCUGCAAGUCGGCUUCUGAGUGAUGUGGUUGGGUAAUAGUGUUGACGCCGGCCGUCGGGAGGACCAGGGGAGGACUAGGCCCUCCGGUGCCGGUGCCCGCGUCCUCGUUGCCGAACGAGCGGUAUCGCUAUCGCUAUAGCGAUAUUCUGCCUGUCCUGGUGUCUGCCGGGCUCUGCAAGCACGAAAUCAUGGCAGCCAUAGACGGUUUGUGCAGGACUCAUCUCCAUGGGGAAGACAGCCUGAGCAUCGCCUCGGACGAGCAUGCGCACCAUGUCCACGCUCGAGAAUGUGCGGCGGCGUGAUGGAAAGGCCUAGCGAGGCGACGUUGACGGAUGAUCGAAUCAUGAGGGGCCUGAGCCAAGCGCUGGUAAGCGGCCUUCGGCGCAUGUACGGCGAAUGCUCAUCAGAGCGCGUAUAUAAGAACGCCCCGCCCCUUGUUGCGCCUCUUCCAGAGUCUGCUCUUUUCUUCCCUCUCUCUUCGCCUGUCUCUCGUUCCCUAGAGUAUAGCCCACGAUCGUUCGCAAUGGCACGUUUCACCAGCCUCCUCCUCCUGGCCGCCGCCGCUCUCCCCUUCGCAUUUGCCAAUUCUAGCCAGUGCGCGGAGUCCGAGUUCUUCUACGACGCCAAGAACUGCUGUUUACCUCACGGCGGUGUCCCGAACCCUCCCACCCCGCCUCAGGGUGAGAAACAGUGCCCCACCAACAACUGGUACUGGCAUCCGGGCAAGGAAUGCUGCGUUCCGACGACUCCCCCGAAGACCACCGCCCCGCCCCAGUGCGGUGGUAGUUGGGAGUGGAAUGAGGGCUCGUCCUCCUGUUGCGAGGGUGGUGGUGGAUCUACCACUACCACCUCCACGCCCGCCCCGUCGGCAAACCCGCAGUGGGCGCGCUCGAACCCCGCGCAUCACAAGCGUGUCGCUGCGAAGGCCCGUCGCUCGGUCAUCAACUGCCCGGACGCCAUGCAGGCCUGCCCCAUCUCCGGCCUGACUGGUCCCACCGGCGACUUCGAGUGUAUCGAUGCCAAGGCUGAGCUCGAGUCUUGCGGUGGCUGCGUCUCGACCGGCGAGGGCCAGGAUUGUACCGCCAUCGAGGGUGUCUGGAACGUUGGCUGCGAGCAGGGCCGCUGUGCUGUCUACACAUGCGCUCAAGGCUACAAACAAUCUGCGGACGGCGCGUCGUGCCUCAAGCUCUAAACAGAUCGCUCGGAUCAUACGAGUCCGACCGAGACUUACGCGGAGAGAUCUCCAUUAACUGCUCACCUGGAAUAUUGGGUAUUACGCGACGUUACUUAAAGCCCCCAUAACUUCACACAUUCAUUCCCCAUCACUAUCCUUGGUCCCACUAGAUACCCUCGUCGGCCGACAUGACUGCUUAGGACGCGUUCCGCUCCGACGUGGCACACGGAUACUCACGUACACUCGUACCAGUACUGCUUGCGCCUGUUCUCAUCCCCCGUGUUGUGGUUGUCGGUGCUUAUUCUAUUUUGCUUCAGAGGGUUAAUGUUGCUCGUGUGCGUGCGGGGGCAGUGUUCGGCAUAUGCAACGCUGGUGAGAUCAAUGCCUGACCCA